AUGAAGAACGAAAUUAAUUCUGCACUUGAUCUACUUGUGGCAUACGUUCAACGCUUCGGUUCAAUAAAAGAGGAAAAUAUCGAAGAAUUUCGAAGUCAUCUUCAACAAAAUUUACUUCAACGCUAUCAAGGACAUUGGUAUCCUGACAAGCCUGCUAAAGGACAAGCUUAUCGAUCAUUAGAAUUCAAUGAAGAAAAUGAUUAUUGUGAUUUAAUCGUUUCACAAAUAUGUAAUGAUUUAGGCUUUGCACCAAAUCUACUCGGUAUCCGACAUGAAUUAAUAUUAUGGAUCGAUCCAUAUGAAGUCACUAUCAGACUUGGAAAUCAUGCGUUCCCAAAAGAAAAUCAACAAUUAGUGGUUGCGAAAUUUGACACCGAAGGCAAUGAACUUGUUCGAAAUGACCUUGAUUCAUUAUUUUAUCAAAGUCGUAUACCAAUGGUUACGACAACUGUAUCACGAUCAUCAACAAAUAGUUCACCAUGCAAUUCAGCUAGCUGUUCUGGUUCAUCAACACCGCAACGUACAUCGUCACCAUAUCCAGUUACACAACAAUCUUUAAUAAUUCCAUCAGCUCCGUUGCCAGCAACAGUCUAUCAUAAUGGUCCAUUAUUUACACCGCCGCGAGCACUAUCGCCGCAAGCACCGGAAUUUCAAACGAUAUCAUCAACACCAAUUAAAGUUCCAGUUAAACAUGAACAAAAUUAUCGACUACAAAACCAUGCUGAAUCGGUGUCAUCCGAAGGUUCGCCUAUUGAUGGCAAUAUUUUUCAACCAGAUCGUUCGGAUACACCGUAUUCAAUGCAUAGCACUACGUCAAAUGAAUCAUCUGAUAGUGGUUAUUGUGGAUAUGUUGAAAGUUUUCCUUAUUAUUAUAAACUCAAUCGUUUGUACAAAGCAUUGGCUAUACAAAAAUUUUCAGCAAAUACAAACACAACCGGUAAAAUUACACCUAAUCCAUCAAUAUCUCAACAUCAUCGUCGUUUACCACAUCAGUAUCAAAAUCAACCACAGUAUAAGAAUUUUAAUAAUCAUAAUAUGAUUCCAUCAUCAUUAUCUGCAUCUCCUCCAACACCAACUCCAAUGAAUAUCAAUCAAUUAUCACCUUUCUAUGUUCAACAAGCAUCGUACCUUCCAAUGUCAACGACCGCCACGGACAGUCGAAAAUCUAAGUAUUAA